GAUCUUACCCGUUUGACAAGAAAUAUAUCCUCUUAUGUUCUUCUAAGCUUCAACCCAUUUUUAUGCCUCGCACUCUUCUCCAAGCAUGUAGUCGGGUUGGGACGGUCUUGGCGUGCAAACGCGGCCGCGACUUCCUCUUGAGCUGCUUCUCGUUGUCCGCCCCCUCCACCUCACGUUCUCCAUCACCACCAUGGCUCACCCUCCAGAUAAACCUCGCGCAGGCGGGCCCAUCAGCAAGUUCUGGCAAAAGAUGGCUGCCCUCGCGGGUGUGCCGCCGGAGCCGAACCCGGACGGAGUCACUCCGCUCGACGUUAUCUUUUCCUGCUGCGUCUGCAACGCGUCCUUCUCCGAGGUGUAUAGUGGGGAGCAAAACACAGUGCAGAUGCUCUCUGACGGAAUCAAUCCAAAGGAUCGCAUCGUAACUCGACUGUUCUUCGCUAGUUGCUGCCAUGUUUUCUGCACAAAGCAUCUUGAAGGCGGCGGCGCACCCUUCCAUGCUGCAGGCACGCGUCCUCGAGCUGCAUGCCCCGUUUGUUCCAAGGAAGGCGAGCUCUACUCGAUCCGCGGCUUCAGUCCUGGCGAAUACGAUCCUGCCAUCCCCGCCUGCUGGUUCGUGACGCCGCCGGUCAAGCUGGAAACAAAUGAGAAGGGGAUGGAAGCGUUGAGGUUUCAGUAUAUGUCCUUAAUCACGUAUUCCACGCAGAUCACGCAGGAUCACAGGAAGGUAAAGAAAGAACUGGACACCGCUCAGAGCGAGUUACAAAGCAUCAAGUCUGCGUCAGACGAAGCGCAAGCCAAAGUACAAAGGCUUGAGCAAGAAAACAUGCGGCUCCGAGAUCUUGAAUCCGAGCUGAACCGGAUCAGAGCUCGCCUGCCAGAGGUUCGACAUUAUCUCAGCAUUGUUCCCAAAAUUGCAGAGCAGAACGAUCAAAUGCGAACCCGACUUGCUUCGCUCGGUUUCCAGAUGCACUUCGAACCCCUAGCAUUUGACAAGUACAAACCGCCGUCCGUCGAUGAUGAUGGUGAUGGUUAUGGUGAUGACCGACACCGUUCCGGGACGGCUUCGAAUUUCACAGGGCAUCGCUCGGCUGACACGCUUGUCAAUUCAGAACAUCCCAUGACCUCAAGCUCCCAAGCGCGCCCACUGAAGCGACAGAGGCGCGACUCUCCCAGUCUCACGUAUGACCUGGGCGCUGGGCGGAAGCAGCACAUGGUCGACGAUCGUGCGCAAAUGCCACCUCCAGAGAAACCUUUGUCACGGAUGAGAUCGGUGAAGAAAUUGUUUCCCACGCUGCGCAAGAAAACAUCGAGUCCGUAUACCUCCCCCACAGACGACAACAGUCCCGAUUAUCCAUCACACCUCAAUAUGGGCGAGGGCCGUGAUGUGGAAAACAAUAGCUUCAAAUUCGGCACCGGAAGUUUGUUCCGUCGGCGACAUAUCAUUCAAGAAGAGACACACCAGGCCUCCAGAGCACAUCAGCGGAUAGACGCGGCGCGCUCUGUGGUGCCGGAGCAGCAGAUGGGCUGCAGUAGAGGAUUCCACGUAUUUUCGUUCCGGUCCCCUGUUCAGCCCAGUCCGUCUCGUCGCACACUCUUGCCUAAUGAGCCGUCUUACAUACGCUUGAUGGACCCUCUAUCUCAAGACUCAAGGUUGGAGUUGGGCUUGAUGGAUCCGCGUCAACGACAUGCCGGCAACGAUACAAACCAGCUCAACCACAACACAGAAUACCAGCGCGAGUUUCAGCCGGAGGCCGAACAAGAAGGACAAGGCGAGGGUAGUCGUUGGAGGUCAGGCCAAACGUUCGUUAGUCAAUCGCUGAACGACCCCGCUGCCAGCACAUAUGACUCUUCAAAUCACUACCGUCCCAACCCACCGCGUGAAAGUGUUGGGGGUCAAGGCAGUCGGUAUCACGCGAAUCCCCUCACACCAGCUCCUCAGCGAACCGUGAAUCCUGGCCACAUGGAGGAGAGCGUAGUAAGUCCCUUCUUCAAAAGCAGCAGUCGUGCGUCACAAAGGUUCUCAAGGCCCGGAGUUAAUCAACUGAACAUUAGUUCGCCUCGGCAUUCGAGCAUCUAUCCGUAUCGAGGACAGAAAGUAGCAGUGCAAGCAGACUGGCAUGAACCACGGGGGCUAAAUGGACUGUCAUUCUUCGCCUCACCGGUUAACACGAAGAAUGAACCAAUCUUACAACACCCGGGGGAUAUGUCAACGUUCGGUCUAACAGAUCGGCAUUACAUGGCGCAUAGAGCAACUCCUCUCGGUCUUAGUUCAAGGGCACAUCAGCAAGCACAACCCAUUGAUAGACAGUCCUACCAACCUGCCGAGCGGCUAUCGUAUCCUAAACAAUUCCAACCCCUCCACCGGUCGUCUGCUCUCCCACCUCAGUCGAGUAGACAGCAUCUUUCAAGACCUGCUGCUCUUCCGCAAACAUUACCGUCGAUCGUUCGUGAUAACCGGACUGCACAGGGUCAUUACGGAGGCCCCUCGUAUUCGGGAAUCCGCGCCAGUAGAAAUCACUUGGUGGCUCCAAGUUACGGACGGCGGGACAUGCAUAUGUCGAAUUCACGAGGCCUGUUCUCCAGUGCUGGACAACGUAGCGUUAGGAGAUGAUUCGCAAUGGUUGGGCAUGUGGAUUUGGAAACGUAUACUUGUCUGAUUUCGUCUGACACAAUUGCUUCGUAGUUCGGUAUCAUGAGCAUAAUAGAAACCCUUUCCGGGUUUUUAUGGUCGGGAAAAGUAUCCAUCACCGACGCAGGGUUCAAACAUUGGCUCUACUGUUAUUCA